GGUCUUAACAGAGGAAACUAUAAAUAUAUAUUUUCAAAUUGAAACCCCCAAGCUUUUGAGCCAGAACCAGUUGCAAGGGGAUAGGAGAAAUGCAAGAUCUGUGGAGCUGCAAAGGGAGAAUCUUCCUGCAAUGCUUCUUAAAUAUGCUUGUUUGGGAAACAGUUUCUGCACAGAUUCAUUAUUCAAUUUCUGAAGAGAUGCAGAAAGGCUCUUUUGUGGGGAACAUUGCAAAGGAUCUAGGAAUUGAUGGAAAUCGUCUUUCAGAUCGUGAACUCCGGAUUCUUACCAGGACAGGUAUGAUUCAGUAUUUUGCUUUGAACUACAACAAUGGCCAUUUACAAACCUCUGAGAGGAUAGAUAGAGAGGAAAUUUGUGGAAGGGCGGAGAAGUGCAUCUUGAAUUUUCAAGUUAUUGUUGAAAGUAAAAGGAAACUGUAUGGAAUUGAAGUGGAAGUUGCUGACAUCAAUGAUAAUGCUCCUCACUUUCCUCCAGGUGAGCAGGAAGUGAAAAUUAAUGAAAUAGCCAUUCAGGGGUCUCGGUUUCCUUUACCUGAAGCUCAUGAUCCAGAUUUGGGCACAAAUUCUAUACAGAGCUACCAACUCACACUCAGUAGUCAUUUUUCUCUAGAUGUGCAAAUAAGAGAAAAUGGUGCCAGGCGUGCUGAGCUGGUGUUGGAAAAACAUCUGGAUCGAGAGGAGCAAUCAGUUUAUAAUCUAAUCCUCACAGCUUUUGACGGAGGUGAUCCUACCAGGUCUGGCACAGCUCAAAUAAAAGUCACAGUUUUAGAUGCAAAUGACAAUGCUCCAGUUUUCAGCCAAACAGUCUAUAAAACAAGCCUUAAGGAAAAUAUUCCAAAGGGGUCUACAGUCUGUGCAAUCAGAGCAACAGAUCUUGAUGAAGGAAACAAUGGAGAGGUGAAAUACUCCUUCACAAAAACUGCCAAGAAGGUCUCACAGAUGUUUCUUUUAAAUUCAACAACUGGCAUAAUAACACUCAUUGGAAAUUUGGACUUUGAGACAUCAUCCUUUUAUGAAUUUGAGGUGCAAGCUGAAGACCAUGCAGGGCUAUUUGAUACAGCAAAAGUUGAAAUUAUAGUCACAGAUUUGAAUGACAAUGCUCCAGAACUAACAGUGACAUUUCUGAUCAAUACUAUCCAUGAGAAUACAUCAAUAGGAACAGUUAUUGCUAUUAUAAAUGUGGAAGAUCAAGAUUCAGGAAUUAAUGGUGAGGUCACAUGUUCAGUUCCCAGAAAUCUCCCCUUCCAGCUGAAAAAAACCAUAGAUAACUUCUACAACUUGGUAGCCAUCAGUGCUCUUGACAGAGAAUUGGUUGCAAUCUACAAUAUCACUAUAACAGUAACUGACCAUGGAACACCUCCUCUUUCUACAACUGCUAUAAUACCACUUCACAUUUUAGAUAUUAACGACAACCCACCUCAGUUUGUAGAAUCAGCCUACAUAACAUUUUUAAUGGAGAAUAACCAGCGAGGAGCCUCCAUCUUUUCUGUAAGAGCAAAUGAUCCAGACUGGGAAGAGAAUGCCAGGCUUACAUACUCCAUUACUGAAGAAAAUGUUUAUGAUUCCUCACUUUCCUCUUAUCUGUCCAUUAAUUCUGAGACUGGGGUUGUCUAUGCUUUGAGCUCCUUUGAUUAUGAAGAGAUCCGGGAGAUUCAGUUCUGGGUCAAGGCCCAGGAUGGGGGCUCCCCACCACUCAGUUCUAAUGUCUCAGUGACUCUUUUCAUCCUGGACCAGAAUGACAAUGCUCCAGAAAUCCUCUACCCCUCCCCUCCGACUGAUGGCUCCACUGGGAUAGAGCUGGCCCCUCGCUCUUCUGAACCAGGAUACCUGGUCACUAAGGUGGUGGCAGUUGAUGCGGAUUCCGGCCAGAAUGCCUGGCUCUCCUACCAACUGACCAAGGCUACAGAACCAGGGCUCUUCACUCUGGGACUCCACACUGGAGAGAUCAGAUCAGCCCGGUUCUUCCUAGAAAAAGAUGCCCUCAAGCAAAGCCUAGUGGUCUUAGUGAAGGACAAUGGGCAGCCCCCUCUCUCUGCCUCUGUCACAGUCACUGUGGUGCUGGCCGACAGUAUUCCUGAAAUGCUGUCAGAUCUCAGCAGCAUCUCAGCUCCUAUAGACCACCCGUCAGACCUAACCUUCUACUUGGUAGUUGCAGUGGCUUUUGUCUCCUGCUUGUUCUUGACCUUCCUUCUUGUGCUAUUGGCCAUCAAGUUGUACAGAUGGAGAAAUUCUCAGCUGUGUGAAACUGGAAGUGUGAAUUUCAGUGGUGUUCCAGUAUCACAGUUUGUAGGGAUUGAUGGUGUCCGGGCAUUUCUUCAGUCUUAUUGCCAUGAGGUUUCUUUGACUUCGGGUUCUCGCAGAAGCCAGAUUCUUUUUCCAAUUGGAAGCUGCACAAAUACGCUGACACCACAACAGGCUCCCAGUAAACCAGAUCCUUUGUUAACAACAGAUGAGUCAAAUAACUUUAAGGAGGAUGCAGCUGUCAGUCAGGUGAGCAUGUACAUUUCUGUUUUAUUUUAA